CCUUCCUCCCUCCGUCGACCGACCUUCGUCGUCGUCGCCCCUCCCCCCAUGGCUAUCUCCUCCUCAUCAGACGUCGCCGUCCUCGCGGUCGGCGUCGUCUUGGCCGCCAUCUAUCUCUUCCGCGAUCAGCUCUUCGCACCAUCAUCAAAGUCGAAAGCGGUCGCCAUCCCUUCUAAGGAUUCCAAUGGCGGUGGAAAUCCCCGAGACUUUGUUGCAAAGUUGAAGGCUGGCAAAAAGCGCCUCGUCAUCUUCUACGGUUCGCAAACCGGCACGGCUGAGGAAUACGCUAUCCGCAUCGCCAAAGAGGCCAAAUCCAAGUUUGGUCUCACCUCCCUCGUUUGCGACCCCGAGGAGUAUGACUUUGAAAACCUUGACACGCUUCCGGAAGACUGCGCUGCCAUCUUCGUUAUGGCUACCUACGGAGAAGGAGAACCCACUGAUAAUGCCGUUCAGCUCAUGCAGAACCUAGCUGACGACUCCUUCGAAUUCUCCAAUGGCGAACAUAAACUUGACGGUCUCAAAUACGUUGUCUUCGGUCUCGGUAACAGGACAUACGAGCAUUACAAUGUCAUCGCCAAGCAGGUCGAUCAGCACCUUUCGAAAAUGGGCGCUACUCGUAUCGGCGAACGCGGAGAGGGCGAUGACGAUAAGAGCAUGGAGGAGGACUACCUGGAAUGGAAGGAUGGCAUGUGGGAAGAGUUUGCUCGCGUUAUGGGUGUCGAGGAAGGCCAGGGCAGCGACACGGCUGAUUUCGCCGUAAACGAACUCGAAUCCCACCCUCCGGAGAAGGUCUACCGCGGCGAGUUGUCUGCACGUGCUUUGACCAGGUCGAAAGGUAUUCACGAUGCCAAGAACCCUUACCCGUCUCCAAUCGCUGUAUCUCGCGAGUUAUUCCAGAUCGUGGACGACCGCAACUGCGUGCACAUUGAGCUCAACAUUGAAGGCUCUGGCAUCACAUACCAGCAUGGUGACCACGUUGGGGUCUGGCCGUCUAAUGCUGAUGUGGAGGUUGACCGUUUACUCUGUGCUCUUGGACUCUACGAGAAGCGUGAUACCGUCAUUGGUAUCGAGUCCUUGGACCCUGCUCUCGCCAAGGUUCCUUUCCCCGUCCCUACUACCUACGGCACCGUCUUCCGCCACUACCUCGAUAUCUCCGCUGUUGCUGGCCGUCAAAUUCUCGGCGCCCUUUCCAAGUAUGCGCCGACCCCGGAGGCCGAGGCAUUUUUGAAGAAUCUUAACCAGCACAAGGACGAGUACGCUUCAGUAGUCAACGAUGGUUGUCUCAAGCUUGGCGAACUUCUCCAGCUCGCCGCCGGUAACGAUCUCACGGCCGUCCCCACUCCCGACAACACGACUGUUUGGAACAUUCCCUUCGAUAUUAUCGUAUCGUCGAUUUCUCGCCUGCAGCCUCGGUACUACUCCAUCUCCUCCAGCCCUAAACUGCACCCGACCACCAUCCACGUCACUUGCGUCGUUCUCAAAUAUCAGUCUGCAGGUGAACGCGUACCGCAGAAGUGGGUUCACGGUGUCGGUUCCAACUACUUACUCAACCUCAAGUUUGCGGCUAACGGGGAGUCAGCUCCUCUGCUGAGCGACCCCUCGGGCAAGCCUGCUUCAGUCGCCGUGCCCUCGUACGCCAUUGAAGGACCUCGCGGCGCUCAUCUCGACAACGGUAUUUACAAGGCUCCGAUCCACGUCCGUCGCUCGACUUUCAGGCUUCCCACGAACCCGAAGAGCCCUAUCAUCAUGAUUGGUCCUGGCACUGGUGUUGCACCUUUCCGCGGUUUCGUUCAGGAGCGUGUGGCCCUCGCCCGUCGUACGAUCGAGAAGAACGGUCCUGACGCACUUAACGAUUGGGGUCGCAUCACGCUUUUCUACGGUUGCCGUCGCUCGACUGAGGACUUCCUGUACAAAGAAGAGUGGGCAGAAUACACAAAGGAGCUGCGUGGCAAGUUCGAGCUGCACUGCGCCUUUUCCCGCGAGCCACCAUACAAGCCCGACGGCAGCAAGAUCUACGUACAGGACCUGGUCUGGCAGGAGCGCGCACAAAUCGCCGACGCCAUUCUUAACGGCAAGGGCUACGUGUACAUCUGUGGCGACGCGAAGAGCAUGAGCAAAGCCGUCGAGGAGGCGCUGGCGCGGAUCCUUGGUGAGGCGAAGGGCGGCAGUGCGGAGGUCGAGGGCGCUGCGGAGGUUAAGUUGCUCAAGGAGCGGUCGCGGUUGAUGCUGGAUGUGUGGAGCUGAGGGACAGAUGCCUCCUCUGGUUCGGGCGCCGGGCUUGGUUUGAGCUCGGAUUUUUGUUUUGUUUUUGUGCAUUCACUCGGUCGCUGUUCGCUAUCAUCCUCCAUACAUCUGUGAAUUAUCGCAUUACGACUGCUAGCCUACCACUUUACCAUCUUCAUUUCUUCGGCUGUUUUCUCGUUAUGUGUGUAGAAGCGUUGUGGGCGCGCCUGCCGACUGAUUAGGCUGGUUACUGGAUCGACUACUUAUUGGGUUAUCCAAGGGGGCGGGGGACGUUGUAUAUAGGUUUGGAUUAGAUUCCUCGGCCAUGGAGAUGUGCAAUAGUUAAGAAUUGUAUAAUUUAUCGGAAUUAUGUCUUGAAGAUC